GAAAUUGUCAACAUCUAUCCGUCAAUCAACCCCCCCACGCUGACGGCCCACCAGUCCAACAGAGUCUGUAACGCCCUGGCUCUCCUCCAGUGUGUAGCCUCCCACCCAGAGACCAGGUAG